UCAAUUGACGAGUAGAGUGCUGAUGUUUUAUUUAAUCUCGGAGUGUGAUAAGUGAAGAAAUAAAUUAAUUGUGAUGUUUAGUGAUAAAGUGAUUGUGGUGUAGUUGUGUCUAGUGAUGAAUAAUUUAAAUAACAAUACUUUCCAGCAGAUUUAAAUUGCCAAAGAGUUGCUGGGUCAUUUUAAAUACAUGACUGGCUGGAUACUCAUGGGAGACUGAUAGUUCUUCCUUAGUGAAGAGGAGAUGGCGGGCUUCACGAUAUGGAGACGUUUAUUACUGGUGAUUAUUGGAGGCACUCAGAUACUUAAAGCUGAACCUUCUGCUUUGCCAACUGUUAAAAGUGCUGGUUCAAGCCUUGCAAGUGUCGUAGCAGGUGAUACAAAGCCUAGCCGAGCAUGGGAUAAGCCUUCCUUUGAUGAUAUUUCACAAAAAAAUGUGACGGCCAUUGUGGGUCAAAGAGCUGCGCUCAGUUGUCACGUUAAAAAUCCCGGCAAUCGCACGAUAUCGUGGAUGAGAAUGAAGGACAUUCACAUCCUGACAUCGUCGUUAGUGACGUACACUGGAGACGCGAGAUUUUCAGUAAAGCAUCCAGAGGGAAGUGACGAGUGGCGUCUAAUAAUCGAUUAUGUCCAGCCGAGAGACGCUGGACUGUACGAGUGCCAGGUCAAUACUGAGCCUAAACUUAAGAUGGCCUUUGCACUGAGGGUCGAAGCGGCGCAAGCGACAAUUCUGGGCGCUGAAGACGUCUAUGUAAAAAAAGGCAGCACUAUCAGUCUUACAUGCAAAGUUAACGUCCAAAGUACACCCCCAAGUAGUGUCACGUGGCAUCAUGGUAGCGCAGUAGUUGAUUUUGACAGUCCAAGCGUUCACCAUAGGGGCGGUGUCUCCCUGGAAACGGAGAAAACGGAGAGCGGUACGACGAGUAAACUGUUAGUGACGCAAGCAAGAUCAACCGACAGCGGAAAUUACACCUGCAUCCCCAGCAACGCAAACCCUGCAAGCGUAAUGGUCCACGUUCUGAAUGGUGAACAUCCAGCAGCAAUGCAACAUGGGGGUAGUUGUCGACUAACACCAACAAUAUUAUUGGCCUUGCUCACACUUCUCACGGCGAAUCUACUGAGAUGAGCUAAUAUUCUGGACAUUUAUAGGCCUAACUAUACAUAAAUAAAUAAAAUAAUAAUA